AUGUAGGAUUCAAGUGAGGGAGGUCGGAAAAGUGAUCGCUUAUCUCGGAGAAUGCGCGAGUGCAAGCAAGUUUGACUCGGAAGAAUGCGUCGGCAAACACAUUGAAGUGCAAAAAGUGGUGGCAAUAAACCAAAACCCGAGCGCUGGCGAAGAUGGCGUCUACGUGCGUCUGUACAAAACCAAGACUAAAAUGCCCGAGAACGUUCCAAUUUGUUUGUACAACCGCGACAGAGCAACUGACUUUCCCCAGCCAAAAGAUUCACGCUAUUUUGCCUUUCAACGAUUCAGAGACGCGAGCAAAAAUGAUGAGUGGUGGGACCAGCUCGAGCCGCGAAUUCUCGUUUCCUCGGAAGAAUGCUUUAAAAAUCAGAAUUUUGAUAAGAAGGAACUUGAAAAGAUGAAUUUAUCGCCACGGCGUUUGCUUUGCGUUCACACUCCGAACGAAGACGGACGCUAUUUGCUGAAUUUCUACAGAGGAAGAUACUUCUUGAGAGGCAUGAGGGUGUUCCACCCCCUGCUGCCGUCUAGAACGAAAAUUUACAGAGACAUUUUGGCAUACGUUAAACAUAUUAGUGGGCUUGCAGACGACAUUCCUGUUUUUCCUCCAGUUCCACCAGAAAUACAGGCUAUUGAAUUCAGCAUUCAAGGAAACCUGAGCUUCCAAAAUUGUGGCUCGAAAUGGAUUAGGUCGAAAAGAAGCAAUGAUGACCCAACAGACGGAUUUGAAGAAACAAAAUUCGUAUUUUCUGGAUACACAGCUCGUGAAGACUCUCACCCGUGGCAUGCGGAUAUUGAAAACUUAGAAAAUGGCACGCAAUGUGGUGGAACUCUCAUUUCCAGCAGAACAGUUUUGACAGCUGCUCACUGCAUUUUCGAAAUGAAUGUCAAAGACUUUGAAGUCACAGUUGGCAUGUAUGACAAGAGGUUGAAAUACAAUGACACCAAAAUCCAAAUACAAACACCGAGCAAACUGGUCACUCAUCCCGCGUACAGAAGCGAUCAGUUCCACUACGAUGUCGGAUUGCUAAUUUUCGAGAAAGAAGGAUACGAAAUAAAUAACCAAGUGCGUCCCAUUUGCCUUUGGAACGAAGGAUCGAGUUUGAGCCGUGUGACUGGAAAAUCAGCUGUGUUGGUUGGCUUCGGACUGACGGAACAUUACAGCCUUUCCGACACGCUGCAAGAAGCGCGCCUGUCUAUUCGAAAACACGAAGAAUGCUACCUCAGCAACAGGAUUCUGUUCGGAAAACGCUUGCGGCCUGGAGACAACUUCUGUGCUGGAUUCACGAAUGGAGUAAGCGCGUGCCUGGGCGACAGUGGAGGAAGCCUUUCUAUAAAAAAGAACGGCCGCUGGUUCAUCAGAGGCAUCGUCAGCUUCGGACUUUCAAAAAGAGUUAUUUUGGAUGGGGAAGAGCAAAUCGCUUGCAACCCAAACAGCUUCUCUUUGUACGCCGACGUUGCUUACUACAUGGACUGGAUCGUGCGAAACUCCCUGGACAUUUCCUUCAAGAAUUGAGCCUUCAUCUUGACAGUUUUGUUUAUUUGACAAAAGAAUUAAAUUUUCUUUGUGAAGGCGCAAGAAACAUAUGAAUUUUUAUGACAAUUUCAUUUAAAAUAUCACGUGAGAGUAUUUCAUAACAGGCCUACUUUAUUAUGAUGGCAAUGAACGAUAACAUUUAUUUUAUUUUAUUUCAUGCUUAACUCGAAAUGUAAGGUUAGAGGAACAAUUGAGUAUUUUGAAAAAAUUUCCCAAUUCUUUUGUUCGAAAAAAUAUAUCACUGUAUUCUUUUUUUAAUUACUGCCAUUGGUCUACAAGCAUUUAUUUGCUCUUAUCCGUUAAUCUUUAACAAAAUAAAAAUUUAAAUUCCGUAAUAUUGUUCCCAAAAUAAUUUAAUUAAAU